AGCUGAUGCCGUCCGAGAGUUCAACACCUCAACACCAUCAUUUUCAUGAGAGGCUGUUGCCUAUUGGACUUAGGCAGAGUUGGCCGAUGCUUCGUUGAAAGGUAAAAUAUUCGCUGAAGAUCAUUGUUUCAUUAGCGGUGACAUGGGCGCUCAUGUUGAUCCUUAUUCUAUUAUGACUCACGGAGGGAGCUGGAGGUCCAAGCACACCAUACAAUUGAUAUGGAUACCUACAUUUGCAUAUUUAAAUGCUUAAGCAUCUCGUACAAUAGCUACCUAUAUUUGCUCCAUCGAAUAGUUAUAACAUUUAUGAUAAUUAUCGUUUGCUUAUACGAGUGUCUCACAUCUCGAGUACUUAGUCUGUUGGUGUAUUCGUGUCAGAACAAACGGUUGAAGUCUCUGAUUAUUAUAAUCGCCCAGGCAACAUCCGGCACUAUUAUAGUCGUGUAUCACACUCUUCUCUCUUCCUUCGCGUUUUCUUAAUGCGAUGGACCAUUUUAAUGAAUUGUCUUGAAU